GAGUUAAUCAUAAACAUGGCGGGAGAUACAACGUGAAUGUAAACAUUUGGGAUGAAGAAGAAGAAAAUGUCAACACUUUGAAACUUUCUUGAGUGUGUUACCAUACUUGGACAUGGCAAACGUCGAUUCGGAUCGUGUUGAUGAUAUCACACAGACAAAGCAUGUACUACAGCAGUAUGUCUUGGAUAACCACAGGGAGGAAUUGGUCCAGGUUUUAUUGGAGGAAGAUGAAGAAGAUCACUACUGCAUUUCUGUCCAUGCUUUGUCCCUGUUUGAAAGUGACAUGUCAAUCUGCGACAUGCUUCUUUCCCGGGCAGAGAAGCUGCUUCCUGUGUUUGAUGCCGCCCUGGUGGAGGUCCAGACUAGCGUGAUUGAGGACCAUCCAGACAAAAAUCAGAUGAGUCUAAAGAGAAAUAUUCAUGGAAGAGUGAUGUCCUUACCUGUCUGUCCAGAACUGAUCAGGACCAACUUGCCUCGAACCUCAGAUGUUGGCAGUUUUCUCAGCAUCAGUGGUACUGUGAUCCGCACCACUGUGAUGAAGAUGCUGGAGUUUGAAAAGGAAUACAUCUGUACAAAGUGCCGAUCUGUCAUCUCUGUACAGGCAGAUUUUGAGCAGUUUAAUGCAGUUUCCAAACCCAGUAAAUGUACCAAUGAGAUAUGUAACUCCAUCACUUUCUCUCCCCUCAGUGAUGCAGGUACACAGCCACUGAAGUGUAGAAACUACCAGGAGGUUAAGGUACAGGAGCAGGUCCAGAAACUGGCGAUGGGCACCAUCCCCCGAUCCAUGUGGAUUGCACUGGAGGACGACCUGGUGGACGUCUGUAAGGCAGGGGACGAUGUCAUCAUCUGUGGAACAGUGCUAAGACGAUGGAGAUCUGUGUCUGUUGAUGCCCGCUGUGAAAUAGAGGUUGUGAUGAAGGCAAACCAUGUCUUAGUGACCAACAAACAGAGGAACGCAGUGCUGGUCACGCAGGAGCUGAAGAAUGAGAUUGCCAGUUUUUGGGAGGAGCACAAAACUUGUCCACUGAAAGGUCGUAACAAGAUUCUGGCCAGUCUGUGUCCUCAGGUGUAUGGGUUGUAUGUGGUCAAGCUGGCAGUGGCAGUGGUGUUGGCUGGAGGGGUACAGCGGAUUGACGAGUCUGGAACUCGUGUGAGAGGAGAAAUACACAUGCUAAUGGUAGGGGACCCAGGUACUGGAAAAUCACAGUUCAUGAAGUACGCAACAAAAAUUACACCUCGGUCUGUACUGACAACAGGAAUUGGGAGUACAAGUGCAGGUCUGACUGUCACAGCGGUCAAGGACGGUGGGGAGUGGCAGCUGGAGGCAGGAGCCUUGGUGCUGGCUGAUGGCGGGCUUUGUUGUAUUGAUGAGUUUAACAGUAUCAGGGAACACGACAAGGCUAGCAUCCAUGAGGCUAUGGAACAACAGACCAUCAGUGUAGCCAAGGCCGGAAUGGUGUGUAAACUGGACACCAGAACAACAAUACUAGCGGCCACCAACCCCAAGGGACAUUACGACCCAAACGAGUCACUGUGUGUGAAUGUAGCUCUAGCCAGUCCACUCCUGAGUCGAUUUGACCUUGUCCUUGUCCUUCUGGACACUCAGAAUGAGGACUGGGAUAGGGUCGUGUCCAGCUUCAUCCUUGAAAACAAAGACCCACUCGGUGAUAUAAACAUGAAGCAUUUAUGGGGGAUGGAGAAAAUGCAGGCUUACCUGUCUCUGAUCAAGUCUAUAGACCCCCAGCUCACUGACGAUUCUAGCAGGGUGUUAAGGGAGUACUACCGAGCUCAGAGAGGAGCAGACGACAGGAACGCGGCCAGGACCACCAUGAGGCUCCUACAGAGUAUGAUCAGGCUGUCACAGGCCCACGCUCGUCUGAUGUUUCGAGAUACAGUCUCAGUCCAGGACGCUGUGCUGGCUGUUACUCUUAUGGAGUCCUCCAUGCAGGGGGCUGCGUUGCUAGGCGGGGUUAAUGCCCUUCAUACCUCCUUCCCUGAGGAUGCAGAGGAAGAGUACAAACUACAAGCUGAGAUGGUGCUGAACAGACUUAAUCUGCAUGACCUACUGGAUCAGGAAAUGGCACGAAUUGAGCAGGAGAGACUCUCAGGUGGGACAGGGUCCCAGGGAGGUGGCAGUUCCCAGGGCCCAGGAAAUGUUGGAACAUCACAUUCGGGUCAAGGGUCAAUAUCACAUACAGGAAAUUCGGAAGUAGAUCAGUCAAGGUCGCUAAUAAGUGAUAUUUCAGUCUUACACCAAAGUCAACCACUGAGAGAGACACACCAAAGUUUUAGAACUGAGCCAACCAGAGAAGUGAAUGUUGAGGCUCGUAGUCACCAAGAGAAAGAACUACGUCAAAAUGUCAGGAUCAAGCGAACUAUGGAUAUGAGAGCUGACAGCCAUGAAGUAAAGUUACCAAUUGAUAAUUCAGCUCGAUCAGACGUAGAAAGUGUUGUCAUGGAAAUAGGAUUACAGACCAAAAGUGGAGGAAACAGGAAAUCUUCUUCUGAUUCAGACGGCCAUGACAUCUCUCUCACAGAUAUGUUGAACACCAGUGUAGAAGAUAGCCAAUCCAGUAUAGGUACUUUUGUUGCUCCCUCUGUAGGACAGACGCCAACAUUAUGGAGUCCUAGACCUCAAACAUCCACACAGUUGUCCCAGUCAGCCCCGAGGGACCACAGUGAAUGUCCUAAUAUUAGUUUGUCCAAUAUGUCUGAUAUCUCAGAGUCCCAGGACCAAAGUGCUCUGUCACAGAGAAAAGAAAUAAUGCCUCGCCCAUCUAUAACACAUGCAAUUCAAAACCGUCUUCAGGAAGAGAAAAACCGGAAAAUUGCUUCCAAGCCAAAAGCUGGAACAUCCGAGUCAGAUGUUUUGGAUAUUUGUGACAAGGAUCACCAAGCUAAACUUGUGUAUGUGAAAGAUACAGUUAUGGAAAAGCCUAAAGCUGGAUCAAAGAAACUGGUGUCAAAACUACGAAGUAAAAUAGAAGCAUCUAAAAGAGAGUUCACUUCAUCAGACGCUUCAUCAAAAUCUGUUGAAAAACUUGACGAGAAUGCCCCUAAACAUUCAACAGGAAGUCAUGGACCAUCUUCAAAAGUACAGACAUGCAAAGACACUUCUCUGGAACAAAAAAAUAACAAGAAAAUUUGGGACGCCAACUGUGACAGUAGUUAUCAUCGAGUGUCAGACAAAACCAUGUCCAAGUUACAAAGAUUUAUGUUUGAUUCAUCUUCAGAUUCAUCGGCAGAGAAAGAGGUCGGAGAUUCUGAAAUAAUUGUGGACGACAGCCUUCUAUCAGAGGAGUCUGUAGUGGUUGAUAACGGCGAUAAAACUGGACAUAAAAGGAAGCGCAGCGGCCAGGACAGUGGAAUGUCUGAAAGCAUGCUUUCAGGUCACCUCUGGACGGACAAACUUGAACAAUCAUUGCAAAGUGAUAUCUCAGACUCACAAUCAAGUGAUGCUGACGGAUCAUUGGGAUCAUCAACAAACAAACUGAAAAUUGUAGAAAGUUCUAACAAAAAAGUAAAGUUGUCUAAAGACAACUCUUGUGUGAAAACCAGUGAAAAUUGCCCAGAGCAAUAUCCUAAAGAUGUUAAUUCAAAUAGAGUGUGUAAGGAAUUAAAUAUCAACAAAUUCAAAUUCACUCGUAAACCCAUGUCAUGCUUGUCUGUGCAAGCUCCCCAUACUGACAGUAGUAAAGUUCAGAUAGAUAGAUCAUGUGACAGGAAUAAAAGUGCAAUGACCUCCCAAAAGUUGGGGUCAUCACAAACAUCGAUAUCAUCACAACCCUCCUCCAGCUUUCUCAAACCAUUGCAAACAAAAAACAGUGCAUCCAGUCCAUCACAAACAGCCACCAGCAUGCCCCAAUCAGCGCUAGCAAGUCCUGCCUGGCUUACCAGCCUGAACACAAAGAAGUCGUCCCCCAUGUUUACUGUGCCCAGCUCUGAAGACAAUGAUUUGGACGAUCUCGACCUGGAACUUGACUGAAGAUUUAAAUCAGGCCCUGAUUUCUGGAAAGAAUAACACUUGAGAAGGUUUUCAAUGAUUUUUUGAUAAAACAUUUAUUUAUUAAUUGAUUCACUUGAAAGUUCAAGCUAAUUUGUAUUUUCCCAGAUUUUCAGUAGCUUCCAACCAUUAAAAAUAAACAUUAUGAUUGCGACUAAAGAAAAUUUUAAUUGUGAGUCAAAUCUUAGGUUGUCACCUGAAAGUAUAAGCCUUGUUAGUUCUAAAAUACUUUUCAUUAUUUU